AUGCUCAACCUUGGCCUCCUGCUGUGCAUGCUGAUCUCCUGUACCUUCCUGGCACUUUCCCCUGCACUCUCGCACUACUUAGCAGUUGUUACCUUGGCCUUUACCUAUCACAACACCUGUCAAAAGACCUGUACCUGCUGGUACCCUUGGGUAUACUGGGUACUGGGUAUACUGCAGGUACAAGUAGAGUUCUCAGGUUCCUGCGGGUUUACCCACAGGCUCCCCGACAGUACCCUCACAACAGCGAUCAAGAAUUUUGGAGACAGUUUUGUCACUAUGGCUACAAAGCACAUGGCCUCAUGGAUGCCUAUGUCUGGUACCACAGCCCUUGAUGAUGUGUGGCAGUAA